UGGGGACCCCCCCUCUGUUUUUGCUACUGGGGAUGGUGUAAUAUUAGGGCCAGGCCUCCCCUCCUCUCCCACCAGUGUCUGUCACCCUCCGGCUGCUCCAAAUCGACGUCUUCCACAACACCAGCUCCAUGGACAUGCAGGGGAUGGCCCUGCUGGGCGACCUGGAGACCCACUCCCUGGACUGCAGCACCUGCGAGAUCCGCUUCCUGCAGCCCUGGGCCCAGCAGGGCCUGACCCCGAAGCAGUGGCAGGACCUGGAGCUGGUGAUCCAUCGCUCCCUGUCCGACUUCAUCCAUAAAAUGAACAAAGUAGCUCAGCAGCAGGGAAAGGGCUACCCCUUUGUUACCCAGGUCUCCCUCGGCUGCGAGCUGCACCCCAACAGCACCUCGAGGGGAUUCUAUGACGCUGCGGUGAACGGCGAGGACUUCAUCAGCUUCGACGUGGACGGAGGCACCUGGUUUGCUCGGCAGGGGGAUAACCUGGGUGCGCUUUACACCCGGGACCUUCUCAUCCAGAAUAAGGGCGCAACCAUCACGCUUCAGUUUCUCCUGAGAACAACGUGUGUCAAUCAGCUCAAGAGCUUUGUCCUGUACGUGAACGAGUCUCAGGAGAGGCAAGAGCGGCCGGUCGCCGUGGUGUUUGCCCGAGCGCCUCCCCCAGCCGGGACCCCCGCGCCGGUACUGCUGGUUUGCCACGUCACCGGUUUCUACCCGCGGCCCGUCCGCGUGGCCUGGCUGCAGGACGGGGAGGAGGUGGGGCUGGGCGGGCGGCUGAACUCCAGUGGGAUCCUGCCCAACGCGGACCUGACCUACCAGCUGCGCAGCUCCCUGGCCGUGGAGCCGGGCGCCGGGCACAGCUACGCCUGCUGGGUGCAGCAC